AUGCUCAAGCCACCUCGAAUGUGCGGCUGGCCUCUGUCGCCUCGUCGCCUUCCCGCGCUGCUAGUCCUGUUGUCUCUCCUGGCCGUCCUCCUGAUUGGCAGCCUGACGUGGGCGGUUCCAGCCUCACCAGGCCUCUCUGCAUAUGGCCACAGCAUUUCGACCAGCAUUGCGCACGCUAGUGACGCGCCUCCCACGGAACUCGACAAGCCGCCUUCAUCACCACAAGCAUCGCCUGCGCGGCAGAAGAUUGAAGAGCACGACGGCUCGUCCUGGGUAGCUGACGAGAGAUGGCUCUCGACUUCCUAUUCCAACUCCAUCACGCUUGACAAUGAGCGGGUAUUGCUUCCUCCUUUAAAAGCUCGACCGCCCAUCUAUUGCUAUCAUGAUUCAUCCGUCAAGAAGACAAAGGAUGAAAGGGACGCCGAGAACGAGCUGCUGCUUACAUGGCGCCGGGCUUGGUGGGCGCAAGGGUUCCGUCCGGUUGUGCUGGGCGCUGUCGACGCCAGAAACAACCCCAGCUACGAGCGAUUCCAGACAACGACGGCGUCUUCCGAGCUGAAAGUCGAUCUCAUGAGAUGGCUCGCCUGGGACACUGUGAAUGGAGGCAUACUAUCAGAGUACACUGUGCUGCCGGCGGUUCCCCGACGAGAUCCGUUGUUACUCUUCCUACGACAAGGGGAAUAUGCCAACCUAACGAAGUGGGCUGACCUUGACGACGCAUUCCUCGUCGGACAGCAGAAUAAUGUGCGUUCGGCAAUUUACUCCGUUCUUCAGAAGGAAGAUUUCCACGAUGCGACAAGUGUCACGACGGUCCUUUCAAGCGACAGCAUCACGGUGAAUCACACCAGCACGCCUCUUGCCUACUACAGCCCCAAGGUUAUCGAGACCAAGUACGCCAAUGUCAUCAGAAAAGGAAGCACUGCAGACACACUCCGCAAUCUGAAUAAGCUCAUCAACUACCACCUGUUAGUGGCCUGGCAAAACAACUUCCUCGAAGGCAUCGAUGUUGUUAAACCACAUCCGGAGCAUGCCACGGCCAUGGUGGCCGGUGCUUUGAAGCUUGCCAAAUCUCUGGCAGCUUGUCCCGCGUCGCCAAUGCCCUCGACGUGUCCUCCCAACUUACCCAAAUGUUUUCCAUGCGUAGCAUCGCCCAUGACUGUCUCCACGCCCUCCCGCUUUCGUAAUUCACCUCAGAUCUUUUCAAUCGGCGUCGUCCCACAUCCAUGGUCUUUUGCACUGGUAGACAAUCUCAGAGAGUCUAUCAACGCGACCUGGAUCCUGGAAUCACCUCGAGAUCCUUGGCUCAGUGCCGUCACCAUGGCCUAUCUCGGCACUGGAGUCUCGUCAAAUCGCAGGGUCAUGCGCUUCAAAGAGCUCGCGGCUGGCCAAGUUGCAACCAGCGAUUCACUAUGGCUCCCAGCAGAGAACGAAGUGCCCAGUGAUCUGGACUGGUACUUUGGAUUCACAUUGCCCGAGAAGUCUAUGAAUGAUGGAAAAUCGCAAAGUCCGGUCCCUGCUGACCGCUUGCCUAAACCUGAGCUUGAAUUGCCGGAUAGGCUCAAUGGACCCGUCGCCUCGGACGAAGACGUCGCUCAGGAGCGAGCUCUGCUUGACAGAGCCAAGAGCGUCGUCAUGGUGAACAAGUCGUCAACGAACGGGACCAAGAUGCGUACCUCUCUUGAGGCCUGGAACAUGGCGGAUACAGAGGCUUGGCGGUUCACACGAGCGCUCAACGCACGGCGUUUGCUGGAACGCGAUGAGUGGGCAAACGAAGUACCAUCAAAGUCGGGAAUCCAAAACAGCCUCAGCGGCCAUAGCUGA